UUCCAAGAAAGUGCCCAGAUCGGCUUUCCAAGAAAGUCAAAAAUUGUGCUUUCCAAGAAAGCGCUUAGAUCUUAAAACUAUAAUUUAAAUAUUCAGCGUCCUUGAAAGCUCAUCAUAUUCAUCCAUCAACGAUCAUUGGGUUGCGAUUGGAUCCCUCGAAGCCCGCCGCACAAGACAUCUCUCUAUUAAAUUCCGCAACACAAGAAGCCUACAGGCCCUCUCAAUCCUGCACCACAGCUGGAACUUGGCAAAACAAUUAUGGGAGAAGUGAAGGUGAUUGGCGCAACCACGAGCCUUUUUUGCACCAGAGUGGAGUGGGCUAUCAAGCUGAAAGGGGUGGAAUACGAGUACAUACAAGAAGACGUGCGCAACAAGAGUCCCUUGCUUCUGAAGCACAACCCGGUGCACAAGAAGGUCCCGGUGAUUCUCCACGGCGGCAGGGCUGUUGCCGAGUCCCUCGUUAUCCUCGAGUACAUUGAUGAUACCUGGAAACAGAAUCCUCUGUUGCCUGAAGAUCCGUAUGAGAGAAGCACGGCUCGUUUCUGGGCUAAAUUCAGCGAUGACAAGUGUAUCUUCGGUGCAUUUGAUGCUUGCAAAGCUGAAGGAGAAGAAAAGGAGAAGGCUAUAGAGUCUGCAAGAGAAUCACUAUCAUUUCUUGAGGAACAAAUAGAAGGGAAAACGUUUUUCGGCGGCGAAAAGAUAGGCUUUCUGGAUUUAGCAGUUGGUUGGAUCCCUCUUUGGCUUGGAGUAAUGGAACAAGUUGGAGAGAUGAAACUACUUGACGCCGAGAAAUUCCCUUCCCUCCAUGAGUGGUCUCAAAACUUCAUCAAGAUUCCACUGAUCAAAGAAGCCUUGCCCCCAAGAGAAAAGUUGGUUGACUACUUCACUGCCAGUGUCAACUACAUGCGUUCCUUAGCUUCGCAGAAGCAGUAAAUUGAUGGAAUUCAUUUUGUAGUCCUCGUGAUUUGAUAAACAAAUGAAUAAGAUCGAUCGAGAGUCGUUCAUUUCCUAUGUCUCAAAUUUAGAUUUUCUCUUGGGUUGUGGUAAAAUCGGAUUUCUGGGCAUGCUUAUGCCUUGUAGCAGACUAUUGAGAGAGCUAGUCUUAUUUGUACCUGUUUGUUUGUACUUGUUUACCAUGGAUAUUUGAAGCAAAAUACAUUCAGUUUGUUUGGAAAGUAUAAAA